AUGGCGAGAAUAUUAACAAAUGACAAUGAUGAAAUUCAAGCAGUUGAACAAUCUUAUGAUGAUUUUAUACUCGGUUUUAAAUCAGAUCCGUCAAUAACUAUUCUAUCUAAAAAUUCUCUCUCACUUUUGAAUGAAUAUGCUCAAUUAAAUGGAAAACAAUUAUCAUUUCAAUUGAUUUCACAAUUUGGACAAAGCCAUCAGCCAAUUUUCGCUGUAGCUGUUCUUCUUGACGAUCGACAAUUUUCAGCUGCUCUUGCAUCAACAAAACGCGAAGCAUGUAUAGAAGCAGCUUAUAAGGUUUUUUAUCAAUUAUCCUUGGAUGCAAGACAGUCUCAAAGAUUUACUACAAGACAUGAUUGUACAUUGUUUGAUCAUAUUGCAUCGAAAAUUUUAUCAACAUAUCGAGAUUUAUGUGUUAGUGUGCUAUUAGAACUUAUUGGUUGUAAAGUUCUUGCUGGCUUUGUUCUGGAAAAAACUGAUGAACAAACAUUUACUGUUGUUAGUCUAGCAACAGGUAAUAAAUGUGUUGGUGGUUCAGUAUUAUCACCGGAAGGAUUAGUUGUUCAUGAUAGUCAUGCUGAACAAUUAGCUCGUCGGGGUUUUAUCAGAUAUUUGUAUGGACAACUAGAGUGUUUUCGAAAAAAUACAGAAUCAAUAUUUGAAAAAGCCAAUAAUAAAAAAUUAGCAUUGAAAUCUACAAUACGUAUUCAUUUUUAUACAUCAUUUGCACCAUGCGGUGAUUCAGCAUUAUUUACUCCGAGAGAUAAAAUAACUGAAGCGCCAAUAAGAGAUGAACAUCAAUUAUAUCGAACAGCACCAGUACAAGGUCAACUUCGUUCUAAAAUUGAAAAUGGUGAAGGAACAAUUCCGACAGAUUCGAGAAGUACUAUUAUUUCUCUUGAUGCUAUUGCAAGUGGUAAACAUGUUCGACAUAUGUCUUGUUCAGAUAAAAUUUGUCGUUGGAAUGUUUUGGGUAUACAAGGUGCACUUCUUUCAAACAUAGUUGAACCUAUUUAUCUACAUUCCAUUACAAUUGGUUUUCCAUUUCAUUAUGGUCAUUUAUGUCGUGCUUUGUGUUGUCGAUUACAAGAAUAUUUUAAUUCAAAUCCAUUAUCGGAACCUUAUCGUCUUAAUCAUCCUCUUAUUGGUCAUACAAAAUUGAAAUGGAAAGAAGAGAAACAUCGUAAUAAUAGUUCCUAUGAUAGUCUUAAUUGGAAUAUCAAUGAUAAAACUAUUGAAUUAAUUGAACCAUCAUUAGGAAAGCGAAAACCAAAUAAUGAACGAUCUCGUUUAUGUAAAUCUGAAAUAUUUCAAUUAUAUAAAAACAUAUAUUCAACUAAUAAUAAAAAUUAUGAUCAAAUUAAAAAGUUAUCAGUUAUAUAUCAACAAUGUAAAUAUCAAAUGUUUCGUGGUUUCGAACUUUAUUAUUCUACAGGAUGGAUUUCAAAAGACCCUUCUACAUUUGGUGGAGGAUGUUUUUGGUGUCUUGAAGCCGUUUUUCAGCGUCUUAAAGGUGUAGAAACAGUUGUUUCUGGCUAUGCUGGUGGUAAUACAAAAAACCCGUCCUAUGAAGAAGUAUGUACUGGAUCUACUAAUUAUGCUGAAGUUAUUCAGAUCACAUUUGAUCCACAAACAAUCGCUUAUAAACAAUUAUUAAAUGUUUUUUUUAAUAUUCAUGAUCCAACAACAAAAGAUCAGCAAGGUGGUGAUAUUGGUACUCAAUAUCGUUCUGUUAUAUUUUAUCAUGAUUCAAUACAACAAAAAGAAAGUGAAAUGUUCAAAGCUCAUUUAACUAAUGAAAAAAUUUAUAAAGAUCCAAUUGUAACAGAAAUUUUACCAAUUGAAAAGAAUCCAUUUUAUCCAGCUGAAGAAUACCAUCAAAAUUAUUUUAAUAGACAUCCAAGUAAAGGCUAUUGUUCAACUGUUAUUAAAAGUAAAGUUGAUAAGUUUAUGGCAAAAUUUUCUGAUUUACUUAAAAACCAAAUUUAA